AUGGUCGACUCUCGUCGUCGAGCCGCAUUCGCCGCCAUGGCCGCGUGCCUCCUUCUCCUUACCGCAAGCUCCGCGACAUCCCGAGCCGCCGCGUUCCACUUGCCGCAAGAUGCGCGCGCUGGCGACGCGUCCGCGCAUUUUCCGCCGCAGUUUCCGCCGCAAUUUCCGCGGCAGCACGACGCGCAGGAUCGAAUUAGCGGCGUUGGCCGAAUCGGCAGCGCGCUCGAGUCCUCCUACGACCGCGACGCGGCCUUGGAGCUAGAAUCCACCUACGAGGAAGACGAUGACGUAGCGCGAACCGCCGGCAUUGCCGCGACGCGUGGCGCGGGCCGUGAUCCCGCGGCGCUCAUCGCCACGUCAGCGGGCUUCGCGUACCCAAUGGCGGCUCCCAUCUACGUGGCCAAGUCGCAACGUGAGUCACAGCGUAGCGUCGCGCUGCUACGCUCAAUCGCGCCUCUCUCAAACACGCCUCUUUCUGUCCGUGAGAUGUCGCUUAAGGCCACAUGGUCCAAGUACGCGGACCCAUCCCCAUCCCCUCCCCCUUCUUCCCCCCCGUUUCCCCACCUCUUCCGCCGCGCCCCCAGUGUCCUGCCCGUCAUGAUGUCGCUAAAGGCCACGUGGUCCAAGUGGGCAGACCUGAGCUCGUGGGACGGAUCCAAGCCGUGUGAUCAGUGGACGCGGAUCAAGUGCUGGACAGAUGGCACCAUCAGGCGCAUGGAGAUGAGCGGGAUGGGCCUACGUGGCAGUCUGCCGGGGAUCAUUGGCGAUCUCACCACGCUGGAAGAGCUGCUCGUUACCAAGAACUGGUUCACCCACGAGUUCCCCAACCUCUCUAAGCUCGUUCGGUUGAAGAACCUGCAAGUGUGGAGCAACUACUUCAACCACACCAUUCCGCCUGGCCUUGGCAACCUGCGCAGCCUCUACCAGCUGCACCUAAACAUUAACUAUUUCAAGGGUGGUAUCCCCAACACCUUCUCUCAACUCACCAACCUCUACCGCCUCUUUGUGUCGUCCAACCUGCUAUCAGGCACCUUCCCCAGCGUCAUCUGCACCAUGACCACGCUCCGAGAGCUCCGCAUCAGCGGAAACCACUUUGAGGGCUCCAUUCCCCCCUGCGUGAGCCGACUCAAACUGCUCUACUACAUGUAUGUGGACACAAACCGGUUCACAGGAAGGCUGCCCAACUCCAUUGGCACCAUGACCAACCUGCAGAACCUGUUCAUUAACCAGAACAGCAUUGCCGGCCCUCUCCCCGCCACCAUCACCCGCCUAAGAAAGCUGCGUAUCCUCUUCAUGAGCAGCAAUCCCAAGCUCACAGGCAGGCUGCCGCGCAAUCUGGGCAACAUGGUUGGCCUUACGGACCUGGUGAUGGAGUUUUGCAACUUCAGCGGCCCCAUCCCACCAUCCAUCACCCGCCUCACGCGCUUGCAGCGACUCUUGCUAGACAACAACUAUUUCCGUGGCAUAGUGCCGGAGAAUCUCAGCAGACUCACAGACAUUACCAUCCUGUACCUCGAGCGCAACUUCCUCUAUGGCACGUUCCCCAAGGGCAUAUCACAGCUGCCCAAGCUCGCCUACCUCAACCUGCACAGCAACCUGUUGACAGGCCCUCUCCCCACCAACUUCCCCAGCACUCGUUUCAUUGAUUACGGCCAGUACAACCUGCGUAACAAUUUCUUCAAUGGCCCGGCAGUGGUAACCGCAGGGGGGCGGUCCUUCUGCCCCGUCAACCACACCUACACAGGAGUGUUCUUUGAGUCUUCACUCGCCAAGAACUGCCUCACUUAUCCUGCUGGAAGCCCCUGUGAGAAGGCUGGGCUUGUGCAGCCGAACAUCGCCCAUCACAUCCACUUCUGUGCAGCAUGCCACAUGAAGUGCAACGGGUACAUUGCAGCUGCUUUUACUGGGUGA